AUGAUUGAUAGCACAACAAGUUAUCAUAUUCCGCAGACUAAAACUACAAUAACUAUAAGUACGGGUCGGCGGGCGGUUUACAGUUCACAGAUACAGAAAGAAACUAUUAGCCAUGUUACAAUUAUAGAGAUCAUUACACCCACACAGGAUGAUAGCUCACUUGCAUUAACAGGACCUUUUGAGAAUGUCAAGGAUGCUAAUAAUGAGCCUAUUUAUGUGGAAAUGAGCUCGCCUAGUCUCUCGGACAAUGGUUCGCCAAUUCGAUCACAAUGUUUUGGGAUGUAUGAUCAAGCACUACAGCUCAUGCCCACAGAGUGUCCCGAUCAACCAGCUAUGGAAGAGGGGCAUUACCAAGUCCCACGAUCUCCGCCCAGAAGAGUUGAAGCGACCCAACCCCGACGACCCACUUCAUUUAAAAUCCGCGCAUCUACGCCACCACCACCGGCACUCACUUCAUGUAAAUCCCGACAAUCUAUGCAAGCACUCAUCCCGGAAGAAGAGAGCGAUGCAACAAGUAGUUCAAGCACUACUUAUGAAGCAAGCAUUUCCAAUGACACAACUUCUUUGGACAAACAAGCUAGUAAGUCAAAUCCCGGGGAUACUGCGACCAAUCAGGUAACUCAACCCGACCCAGAGUCCGACCAAGUUCCCUACCAGAGACUAUGUUCCAGCCAGUCUCCUAGUGAUGAUAGCACCGCGAACAAACACGUUUCUUUUUCUCCAGCACCCCAAGACAAUUCCUCCAAUCUUCCAGUCACUACCAACAUAAAACACGCCCACUCUACGGCAUUCCUUCCCGAGGAAACCAAACCAGCUGCUAAUAACAUUUCUAAUCGGUAUUCUUUACCACCCAAUCAAACCACACAGUCACAAUUUACUUGUAAAGCACCGGAUAACAAUAACAAGAGUAGUAGUACCAAAAAGCACGGCAUUAUAAACUGGUUUCGAAGCAAGAGAGGCAAUUCGCCUCAAAAACAGUCUAAAACCAAGAAGGCGAAUUCCAAGAUCAUUAGCUAG